CUUCCCACUCACGGCAAAAUGGCGUCGGAGCAGUGUGAUGCUGUGAACAUGGACCCUGACAUGGAGCUGCUCAGCGACGAAGAAUUAGAAAGGGAAGCGGAGGGCUUCAAAGAGCAAGGCAAUGCUUUUUAUAUCAAGAAGGAUUACGCUGAAGCAUUCAAAUACUACACCAAGGCCAUAGACAUGUGUCCAAAGAACGCAAGCUACUAUGGGAAUCGGGCUGCCACACUAAUGAUGUUGUGCCGGUACAGAGAGGGUUUAGAGGAUUCCCAGCAAGCAGUACGACUAGAUAACACUUUCAUGAAGGGCCAUUUGCGAGAGGGCAAGUGCCACCUGUCCCUUGGCAAUGCUAUGGCUGCCAGCCGGUGUUUCCUGAGGGUUCUGGAGCUAGAGCCAGACAACAGCCAGGCUCAGCAGGAGCUGAAGAAUGCAGAAUCCAUCCUCGAAUACGAGAGAAUGGCAGAGAUUGGAUUUGAGAAGAGGGACUUCAGGAUGGUUGUCUUUUGCAUGGACCGUGCCCUGGAGCCUGCCCCAGCCUGUCACAGGUUCAAGAUACUGAAGGCAGAGUGCUUAGCCCUGCUGGGACGCUACCCAGAGGCUCAGUCUGUUGCCAGUGAUAUUCUGCGAAUGGACUCCACUAAUGCGGAUGCACUGUACGUGCGUGGUCUUUGUCUGUACUAUGAGGACUGCAUUGACAAAGCUGUCCAGUUCUUUGUCCAGGCCCUGCGUAUGGCUCCUGACCAUGACAAAGCUCGGCUUGCAUGCAGAAAUGCCAAAGCACUGAAGGCCAAGAAGGAGGAGGGGAACAAGGCCUUUAAGGAGGGAAACUUUGAGGCAGCCUAUGAGCUGUACUCUGAGGCACUAACAAUAGACCCUAACAACAUCAAGACUAAUGCCAAGCUGUAUUGUAAUAGGGCCACUGUUGGAUCUAAGCUGAAGAAACUAGAGCAGGCCAUUGAAGACUGCACGAAGGCCAUUAAACUGGAUGAAACCUAUAUCAAGGCCUAUUUACGGAGAGCACAGUGCUACAUGGACACAGAGAUGUAUGAAGAGGCAGUUCGAGACUAUGAGAAGGUUUAUCAGACAGAGAAAACAAAAGAGCACAAACACUUCCUAAAAAAUGCCCAGCUGGAGUUAAAGAAAAGCAAGCGAAAAGAUUAUUACAAAGUGCUCGGGGUGGAUAAGAAUGCCACAGAAGAUGAGAUCAAGAAAGCUUACCGCAAACGGGCACUUUUACAUCACCCAGACCGUCACAGUGGAGCUAGUGCCGAGCUGCAAAAGGAAGAGGAAAAGAAGUUCAAGGAGGUGGGCGAGGCCUUCAGCGUGCUUUCGGAUCCAAAGAAGAAGUCUCGCUAUGACAGCGGUCAGGAUCUGGAGGAUGAUGGCAUGAACAUGGCAGAUUUUGAUGCCAACAACAUUUUCAAGGCAUUCUUUGGAGGACCAGGAGGUUUUAGUUUUGAAGCAUCUGGACCAGGAAAUUUCUUCUUCCAGUUUGGUUAAUUGGAGGAUUUGUCUACCUACACAAUUACUACAUCAGGACUUUUCAACAAUGUCAACCCCCCGAAACACCAUACGUAUUUAAUGACUGACUGAUUGCGAGUCAGAUUUCUGUCUAUGCCAUUGACUGAUUGAAUGCAACCCAAUGACCACAUGCAGCAAAUGAUUUAACGCCCGUAUAGCGAGGAGACGGAGGCGGCUCACUCUGAGUUGAUAGUGUUACUGGUUUUGGAUUUGUUUUUCUUCUCUCAAAAUGAAGCAAGCUUGAAAGUCAGUAAUGGCUAGCAACACUGGUCCAAAUAUUCUCAGAUUUUUUGAGAUAGGAGAGAUUGUGCAGCUAUUGUAUCAGAGCUUUUAGGGAUCCACGCAGGAAGUCACAUCCUGGGGAAACUCUUGAGGUGCAACUGAGCAUUGAGCAAGCUAUUAUCUGACUCGUCUCAAUUUACUGCUGAAGGAAUAUUCUCUGCAUGAAAAUAAAUUGCUUGCUUAAUGAUUUAUGAAGAAAAUCACUGAGCAAGCACCCCCUCCUCCCCCCCAAACCCUACUUUUGAAGAAUCUGUCAAAUAGACAGACAGUUGGCUGCUACAAAUUCGCACUGAAAACUGUGUCCUUGAUAUAAGCCAAUAGGAGCAGUUGAACUUUCCUUUUCUUUUUUAAAUUCACCACAGCUGGAGCCUAGACAUACAUAUGAAAUACAGCCGAAGCACACUAGAAAGAUGGCAGCAGAGACAGCUGUGCUGGCUUUGUUGCCUGCAAAGUCCCCUUCCCUUUUGUUGUCACAGGUUUUAUGUUUGAUGUUGCCAUUCACAGAUUGUUGCAUUGCACAUUUUACUGGAAUGUAAAGUGUUGAUGUGUGAUGAUAGUUGAUUGUUUAUUUUCCAUUUUUUUAUUUUGAUAUGUAUAUUUAUUGUAAAUUUUGCUGUCUGAUUGAACCGUCAUGGUAAGAUGAGGACGCUCUUCUGCUAUGUUUAAAAGAUAUGCCAAUAAUAAGACACAAAAUCAGGAAGAUGAUUGUUUUGCUUGGUAAGCAUAAAAUAAUGCACAGAAAUAGAUUUUGCUCUUUGUGUUCCUUGAAUGUGAUGCAAGCUGUCUUAUUUUACUCAAUGCCACAGAUAUGCUUAUGGAUAGAACAAAUUUGACUGUGUUUGUUGUUGUCUAAGAAUGUGAGGCGCUGCGUGAUGAUUGGAAAACUUGGCUGUUCAGUCACUUCCCGAUUAGUGUGUUGUUCACUUGGUGCACUUCAUGAAGAAAAAAGGAGGCGUCCUCAUCUUUUUCUCUCAUUGUUUUUGCCCUUACGGUGAAACCAUCCUGUCUUUUACCCUUUUGAACAGUACCAUCCAUGUCAAUAAAGUUGGCUUCCUCAG